UGGUGCGUAGCUGGCAUCGGUGGCAGCCCUAGGCGGACGGGCGGCCGCGCGGCAGCGGCAGCGGACCGCCUGCCGGCAGUGCUCCGCAGAGAGCCGACCGCGCGCGCUAGCGCCGCUCCCGCGCUGCCAUGGACCGCGCCGGCGGUUCCACGCCGCCCCAGUCUCCCCCGCCCGCGCACUCCGGCUUCGGCGCUUUCUGCAGCGCCAUCUCUGAUACUAUCACGGGCAUGGCGACUACGUCAAGAACUAGAAGAAAGACGGAAGAUGAGAAGAAGAGUAAGAAAAGACAAUCGCCGGUCGACGAGCGGCCUGUGGUUCCCGCGCCGAGCGAAGCCAUGCUCAACAAUCUCCGCACAGCGUUCGGGCUGCUGGACCGCGACAGCGACGGGCACGUGACGCCCGAGGAGCUGCAGUUCAUGCUGCGGAACCUCGGCAUCGAGGUCAGCGACGACCUCAUCGGGGACCUCAUCAAGGACGCCAGUCGGACGGGUAACGGCCUAAUAGAUGAGAACGACUUUAUGCAGUGGGUGACAAAGAUUCAGGCGUUGCAAGGGAUGGACGUGGGUAACAGUGGCGGUGAUUCCGAAGAGGAAAUCACGAGGGACCUGCUCGCUGCUUUUAAAGUGUUCGACCGCGACAACAACGGCUACAUAACGCGAGACGAGCUACGGAGCGCGCUCGAGAUCAUCGGCGAGCCGGUCACGGACGCGCAGCUCAACCAGGUGCUCGCGCUCGGAGACAUCGACCACGACGGCCGGAUCGACUACGAGGAAUUCGUGAAAAUGCUGUUGUAACUUCGUGGAAGGAAGACCUCACUAGAGAUUAUGGUAGAAUAUAAAGACAGCGUCUACGCAAGCGGCGCUACUCGCUUCGUGCGUGUCGGGGCAGUUCCCAUUUGUUAUAAACAAGUAACGAUAGGUAACUGCAGUCCUAUUGGUGUAGUUAGCAACAAGAUAUAGCCAAGCGGAAUAAAAUCACAAAAUAUUCAUUUUUACACAGGUUAUUUAAACAACUUGUUCGCGAUUUUGCUGCUAACUUUUACUGCCAUAGGAUUCGGAUUAUUUGUCUCUUGACACGCGGCAUAUUACAUCUAGUGUAGAAGUACUUACAUGUACGAAACCUAUUCGACAAAUGGGAUUUACCCUGACUUUAGAAUUAAUGUGAAGACAUAAAAGGUUGCUCGAAAAAUCUUCCAUAAAUAUACUAUGCCUAUUUAUAUUAUAUAAUUUAUAUAUAGAGCUAUAUUUAUCGAGGAUUUUGUUACCUAUAAUAAAAAUAUUGAGAUGUGGUACCGCUAAAUAAUUGAACUAUUACCUACGUUAGACCAUUUUGUAAAGAAAAAUAGAAGUAUUACAAAGGUUUAGUAACUGUUGAGAAAGUUGUAAAUAGAUUUUAUAAUAUAAACAAAUGAAGUUAUAAACAAUAUACCGGGUGUGGCCUAUAAUAACGUUGAUAUAAUAUACAUACAUAUAAUUAUGUACUUAUGGCGUAAUAUAUAUUGCAUUCUUAUUUAGAUUUGAGAGUCCGUACUUGUAAGCGUGGGUACGGAAUAAAUAUUUUAUGGUUGUGAAUGAUUUGUAAGCUCUAUCGGAUGGGUUAGUAAUUUGCAAAAAAAACAGGACUAAGUAUACAAUAUAACAACGAAUAUUUUCAUUUAUAUUACAAAAAAAACAACAAAAGAUUACUACAUAUAUUGCUUUUGGUUUCCAAUUUAGCAAGUGUUCAAUAUAUGUUACUGGACUACUCGCAUUAGACCUUCCUACCGUAAGGUGAUUCAGGUUACAUCUGUGUUUCAAGCCUAAUAGAGACGCAUGAAUGAAAUCUGAAAGACUCAUGGAAAAACUAUUACCGCCCUACCUUCACCUAAACUUGAAAUAUUGUUAAUUCUGGACCCUUAAAAAAUCUUAUUAAGAAGUAAGUCAAAUACGCAACAUUACACAAAGUACAAUAAUAAAAAUCGUCCAUUUAAAUUAUUUUUAGUACUUAAACGGAUAAAUUUUCUUUGCAAUCAGCAGCAGAUAUUGCGAACGAAGGACGUAGUUAGGUACCUAAAGCCAUAAAGGGCUCUUUUUUUAAUGCAAUAGUCUUUUGGAUGGCAUUGAGCAACUAUAACAUCAGAUUCUAUAAAAGGGACUAAAAAAUUGCAACGUGCCUACGUUUAGUCUUUCUAUUAUAAUAAAAAUGCAUGUUUGCGAGUUUUGGUAUAAAUUAAAUAGGUAAAGGGCAAAGGCCAUUGACGUAUGUCAGGACGGGCCUUACGGGCACUAAAAAUGGUACUAGUUCAGCGGUGUCACCGACCAAUUCGAGCCAAUCGUGAGGUUUAACGCAACUACAUAGUUGCCACUAAUCGCGCGCGUGAUGCGAACUCAUCAACCAAUCGCGUUGUAGCGGUGUCACACCGCUGUACUGGCCCCAUUCAUGCCCCAUUCUUAUUGCCCGUAAGGCCAGUCCUGAGAUUCUGAUAUAGGACAAUGGCAAAGGCAAUUUUCUGCUGCUUAAUGUAGGUAAUAUAGUCACAAAGACAAAAUAUACAAUACUCAGCGAUAUAUUAUGUACUCAACAAUAUACACGUAUAUUUUGAUUAAAGACAUUGAUCAUAAGUCUAUUAUUUAGAUUUAGGCUGUUGCAAUUUCUAAAAGGUACGUACGUUACGUAUACCAUUGGGGGUCAUCCAUUAAUUACGUCACACGAAUUUCUAGGUUUUUUGACCCCUCCCCCCCUCCUUGUCACACUUGGUCACAUUUGGCAAACCCCUCCCCCCUAGUGUGACGUCACAUUUUUUCUACGAAAUCGCCAAAUCGAAUUAAGUAAGUACCUAAGUAUUAUUAAUAUUUUAUCAAAAUAUUUUUGACGAUAUAAAUAUUAGUAAUUUUAUAACCCAAAACUGCUUAGGAAAGAAAAUUAUACGAAUAAAAACGAUUAUCGUUUUAAAAACUUGUUAUUUAAAUGUACAGCGAAUAAAAUAAUUUAAAUAAAUUUUCGGUUACUGAUGAAUUUAAAGUGACGUCACAAAGUUUGUGUCUCCCCCCUCCCCCAUGUCACAAUAUGUCACAUUUUCUUGACCCCCUCCCUCCCCCUAAACGUGUGAUGUAAUUAAUGGAUGACCCCUUGUAUCUAUGUAAAAAAAAUGAAUAUAGUUAUAUAUAACGUUUUGAAAACAUUGUUAAAUAUUCUCUAGUCAGAUCGCUGUUUCAAUUGUAGAAAUAUUUUGUUACCUAUUAAAUAUGAGUGAAUUGCAAAAAAAUUAUACCUACGUAAUUAAGCGCAGUUAAGAAGCUGUGAUUAGUCUUAACUUAAUUGAUUCACUUGUGUUACGUAAAUUAACUAUGUAAAUUGUAUUGUAUUUAUUGUACUUAAUUCGUACACAUAUAAGUCUAUAGCAUACGCUUAAUACACUUUCAUGGAUAUAACUUAAAUAGAAAUGGCUUAAUUGUGGUAACACAAUGGAAUCAAUUAACUUUAGACUAAUUACAGGUGCUUAACUAUGUAAAAUUUUUUUGCAAUUCACUCAUAUUUAUUAUCUUUAUAUAUGUAUGUGAACAAUGAUAACUGGGUGCGCAGCCAAAGUGCAAUCGUUAACGCUUCGUAGCGAACGAAACGUAACUGUUACAGUCCCACUAGUGGGGAAGAGUGAUAGACAGAGAUGACUACGAUUCGCUACGGAGCGUUAACGAUUGGCACGUUGGCUACGCGCCCUGAACUUUAGUUAAGCUAAUAGAAAAGCGAAAACUUCGCUAGUUCAGUUUUCAACCAAAACUUACAUUACAUAAAUGCUACAAUAAAAUUUUACUAAAAGAACUUAGGUUAUUAACUGGAUUACGGGUACCACACGAGUUGGUAUGCCUAACACAACAGCAAAUAUCCCAAGCAUGUUAGAUUUAAGCCUUUCUGAAAGGCGUGUGAUGUGGAAUGAGUGAUCAAUAAAUUUUGGAUUUGUUAUUUUAUUUUUA